CUCGGCAGUACUUAUAGGCAGCCAGCGACUUAGUUCUCACAGAUUCUCAGCGGGUAGAGCGAGUUCAAUGACGCCCUGUUUGUUCCCUGGCUUAUGUAUGGCUCAAUACACGCAACGAGCUGAUUGAUUGUGUUUUCGAAGACUCCAUUUUUUCUUUCGAACGAUUCGUGCGUCGCUUUCAGUGUAGAGCACCACAGAGACACAGAGAGAGAACCUCGGCUUUUUGGUGUGUGCGUGUUCUGUAUUCAUUCUUGACAGCAGCAUCUCUGAUUAGUAGAUUGUUGAUUGAUCAUCACUCAAGAUGAAGUCGGCUGCUUGCCCCUUUUUGAACAAGUUUUCAACCACUUCCAUCAGGCAGUUUGCCCCACUGUUCCUGAAUUAUGUGGAGAAAUGCCCAGUGAUGAUGACCCAAACUCGUCAACAGUGGACCAUCAACAAACAAAAUGCUGCCCCUGAGGUGGAGAGCCAGAACAAUGAGUGCCCAUAUGUGACCGAUGCUGAGGUGACAGUGACUGAGGCCCCAAAGGUUGCUCAGGAUGACACCAUCAACCAGCAACUUCUGAAAGUGAAGCCCCAUGGGAAGAAGCAUGAACUUGACCAAGCCACCUCAAGAUUCUUCAACUAUGAAGGAUUCUUUGCCAGCCAGCUGCAGAAGAAGAAAGAUGAGCACACCUACCGCAUCUUUAAGAAGGUGAUGCGUGAUGCCUCUUCCUUCCCUCAGGCCUAUGAGCACAGCGCCGGCAUCAGCAAGGACAUCACAGUCUGGUGCAGCAAUGACUACCUGGGAAUGAGCUGGCACCCCAAGGUCAAGGAGGCAGUCAGUGAGGCCCUGAUGAAGCAUGGUGCUGGUUCAGGUGGGACACGCAAUAUCUCUGGAAACUCACCCCUCCAUGAGGAGCUAGAGAGAGAGCUAGCCAAACUUCACCAGAAAGAGGCUGGCCUUGUUUUCACUUCCUGCUAUGUAGCCAAUGACACUACCCUGUUUACUCUUGGAAAACAUCUUCCAGGUAUGCACUUCUUCUCUGACGCUGGAAACCAUGCCUCUAUGAUACAAGGCAUCAGAACCAGCAUGGCCAAGAAACAUGUGUUCCGACACAAUGAUCCUGACCAUCUGGAGGAGCUCUUGAAGAAGGUGGAUCCCAAUGUACCAAAAGUUGUGGCCUUUGAAACUGUUCAUUCUAUGGAUGGUUCGAUUUGUCCCACUGUUGAGAUGUGUGAAGUGGCCCACAAGUAUGGAGCUCUGACCUUUGUUGAUGAGGUUCAUGCCGUUGGCAUGUAUGGUGAACAUGGAGCUGGUGUUGGGGAGCAAGACAACUGCCUGGACAAGAUGGACAUCAUUUCAGGAACUCUGGGCAAGGCAUUUGGCAACAUGGGAGGCUACAUUGUUGGAUCAGCUAAAUUGGUUGACAUGAUAAGAAGUUUUGGUGCUGGAUUUAUAUUUACCACCUCUUUGCCUCCUACGGUGUUAAAAGGUUGCCUAGCAUCUGUGAGGGUUCUAGCAAGUGAUGAAGGUAGAGAACUCAGAGCUAGACAAAAACGCAAUGUGAAAUACCUCAGAGAGAAACUUGUUGCUGCUGGACUUCCUGCCUCACACAGCCCAAGUCAUAUAAUUCCCAUCAUGGUUGGAGAUGCUCAGCUGUGCACUCAGAUUUCAAAUGACCUGAUUACCAAGUAUGGCAUCUAUGUCCAGUCCAUUAACUACCCAACUGUAGCCAGGGGCACUGAAAGAUUACGUGUGGCCCCCACACCUCACCAUACCAAGGCUAUGAUGGAUGAAUUUGUGGCUAACCUGACUGAAUUAUGGAAGGAAACUGGUCUACAUUUGUACGGCCAUGUAUGUCCCAACACCUGCAGCAACUGUAACAAGGAGCUGAGCAUCCAGAAGAUGUUCAAGCCGGAGCCAGUCUGUCAACGCAGCAACUGUACCUACGCCUCCCUACAGGCUGCCCUUGCUUGAGCUUUGAGAAUCACACACACCCUUUUUUGUUUUCAACUAAUAUAUCUCCUCUAUUCUAUUUUCCUAAAUUAUGAACUUUAAAAAUAUUUUGCUCUUACAAUGACUUUCUUUCAAGUCUUGACAGAACAUUCUGUGAUUUAGAAAAUAAAUUGAAUUAAGAAAAAAAAACUUAGUCAAAUUUGGCCUUUUUCUUCCUACUAAAUUAUUAAUUUUUUCUUAAGUUAUCUUUUUUUUCUUUCUUUUUUUUUAAAAAAAAAGAUACAUUGACUUGUAAAAGAUCAUAUUGUUUGGUUGGUACAAAUCAACUUUAAAACAACACAAUGACAAUAAUUUUAGAUGAACAUUUUUGGGAAUGUCAAAAACAAAAAUUUUUUUUUUGUGUGAGAAAUAUGUAUUCAUUGUAUGACAUUUAAAAACAAUAAGUUAAUAUGAUCUUUUACAACCUGGACUUAAUGGGUGAAUCAACCUGCACACAUUGGACAAAGAGACUUGGUAUUAAUGCAGUGCUAGAACUUGGUUUGAAGAGAUGAUUUCUUUCAUAUUCAGGACACUAUUACAUCAACAAUAAAUUGACUAAGUUAGCAACACAUCUAAAAUAUGAAAUCAUGGCAAACUAAACAAAAGUUUGUGGCUUAAUUAUUAUAUAUACGCUUUGGACUUUCAUCAUGAUAGUCCCUAGUUCAAACCCUGCCAUCCUGCAGGAAGUAUGGGCUAGGAUGUAAUAAUCUUCAUGUCUGAAAGAAUUUCAGAAACAUAUUAAAAAAAAGUUUUCUACAACAAAGAAUAUGAGCAGUAGAUCUGUUUGGGUUCAGUUGACUGUUUUUGCUUUUUCAGAGAAAACUUUCCAAGAUCUCAUCUCUCACCAGUUUAGCAUUUCUUUAGAACCAUUGCCAACUGGCAAGGAUUUUUUGUUUCAGUCUUACCAAAAUAUUUUUCUGGAUUAGAAUGAAAGAAAAGAACACUAUUAAGACUGAGAACAAAUAAAUCCUUUGCGCAUUUUUUUUUAAUAGCAUGGCCCAGGCAAUUUUGAUUUUACACACAGGUGCUGGUGGUGACUUGGACAUUUUUUUGUUUUAAAUUAAAAAGUUAAAACACAUUUAGAAUAUAGAAUAAGUUGAAAAGAAAAUGGCAACAUUUUUUUCCCCAAGGAUCCAAGGUAUUCAACAUCAAUAUAAUUUUGGCUACAUGAAACAGCAAGUAAUCUCAUUUGGGUUUUGAAUUUUAAAAAAAUGGGAAUUCAAUAGUUGCCAUUUUUUUUUCAAAAGAACAAAAAAAAACUAAACUUCAAAAAGAAUAGAAGAGUUUGUUACAGAAUUAGAAAAAUAAAAAUAGCAAUAAUAGCACUAUUACAAUGAAUGUUUUAUUAGGUUGAAUAGGACCAACUGGGUUAAAAAAUAAUAAUUUUUACAAUAUUUAAUAUUAAUGAUUGCCAAAUUAGUGGGUUAUUUAACAGCAAAACAUUUUUUCUAUUUCUGCCAUAUACUUUUUUAAGGAGAGAAAUGAGAUGUUUCUUAAGAUAGGCAGCAAAUUUUUUAUUCAAAAUUUAUUUUGAUAAUUUUCAACUAACCCUAAAUUAUUAAACAAUUUAACCUGAAGGAUUCAUUUUUUGCCAUGCUUAAUGAGACUUAUUUUAUUUGUUUUUUUUAUUCAUGUGCCAAAAUCAGCUUAAUAGAAAUUAACAAUUUUUGUGUGUCCAAAUUAGUAAAAAAAAAGCUGAUUAUUUAAAAACUGUUGUUUUUUUUUUCUAACAAAUCUAAACAAAUACUGAAUUCAUUUAAAUUUAAACUUUUAUUCCAUGUUAACUUUGUAAACAAAUGCAGCUAAAUGUAUUCCUAUUUAAAAUGAAUAAAAUUAAGAUAUUAAGAUUAAAAGUAUCAAUGAAAAUGUUGAAAUAUUAAUAAAUCUUAAUUUUGUUGACACUGUUUAAUUUUUAGACCAAUAUUCUUGCAUGCAUUAAGUAAGGAAAGUAAGCUUGACUUUUCUUUUCAAAAUAUAGAAAGAAUAGUUGUUUUAAAAAAAACAAAAACAAUGUAGGCUUUGUAUUUUGUUCUACUUUUUUUAAUGAUAUGAUAACGCAAAGCUAAAGUUAUUUAAAAGUAUAUUUAUAUCAUUUUACAAUAAGAUCAACCCAGUUGUAUAAAGGCAAAAACACACAAAAUUAAUUUUAGAAUUUAUUCUCUACAGAAAUGUUAGUUGGGGAUUUUUGCAAGUAAAAAAAAAAAUGUUUUUUGUUGGUCAUUCUAUUUACUGGCAAUUGACAAGCAUUUCACAAGAUGUUUCUCAAGUUAUUUUUUUUUUCUUGGAGCAGAAUUUGAAUUUUUUAAUGUUGUAAGAAUUCAAGACAGUUUUAAGUCAGUUGAUAAUGACUUUUGACUUUAUCAUUUUUUGUAACUCGCAUCAGACUUUAAGGAUGUUUUACCACCAUCACCUCUCAGUGUUGCUUCUCCAUCUUUGUGCAUGCAAAACAAAGGAGUGACUCAUGACUUGAACAAAGCAGGAUUGAUUCAUGACUUGAACACAAAACUUUUUUUUUUCUUUUACUGAGGUGUAAAAAGUGUGUUAAUUAUGGACUCCCAUUUACAUCAGCAGAAAAGAGCAAAGAAAUAAGAGCCCAUGACCUAAAAUUGGAUAAAUUUUGUAUCCAUAUUGUUUGCAAUCAAGUCCAACCUAGUGGUCAGUAUGAAGGAUCAACUGUAAAGCUCAAUUAGCAGGAAGUAACUUCAUACUUUUGCACCUCAUUGAUUAGAUUUAUCCCCCUUUUUUUCUUCCAAAUUAUUUUCUCUCUUCCCUUCCCAGCAAUUUUUUUCUCUCUUGUUAGCUCAAAGUUUUCUUUCUUGAAUUGAAGAUUUUGUUUCUCUGUAAAGAAAGUGAUUGUUUGAGGUAACAACCAACACAAACCUGAAAAUCCCUUGUCUCUACCAUGUCUCAAAGCUCAAAGGUCAAGGGUAAGAGUUACUGCAUGCUUUUAAAAAACAUGCACCAUAUUGAUGUAUCGUUAUAUUGCAUGCACUAUGUUUAAAAGUCCUGAUAUUCGAUGAAAGAUAAGUAUCUUGAUUUGUCAGACUGGUACCACAAUAUUUUGUUUCUCUGCAAUAUGUGUACAUAUAUAAUAUAUAUAAGCUCAAUAAUCAAAUGAACUCUAUUGUGUUCAAAGUUACUUUACAAAUUGUACUCUUAAGAUUUCUGGAAACUCUGCAACAUGUCUCUGACCUAGUUCUGGUAGCAAAGAAAAGAAAAAAAAUUUAAAUUUUUAUAUUCCUGAUUACAUGCAGGCACUGUUGUUUUUUUUGUUGUUGUUGAAAGUAAUACUGAUUUGAUAUUGUAUUUGAUACAUUGAAAUAAACAAGAGUUCUAGAAACAAGUUUUAUAUUUCAAUGUUUGAUGACUUGGAAGGGGCAACACCUUGGAUCCUGACAAAUUUUUUAAAAAGUAUGAAAAGUGCAUCAUGAUACAUUCAUCAAAUGUUCAACAAGUUUGUGCUUUCUGAGUCAUUCAACAUUUGUUUAAGAUCAUUCAAACUGUCAUUGAUGAUCAAUAUGUGAUCAAUAUUUGAACAUUCUGUUUUGAAUUUAUUGUUUUAAUAGUGUUUUGUUGGUCUUUUUUGUUACCAACUACUGCAUUUGAUACCUUUUAAAAUAAGCCCAUUGUUAGGUAUCAUAUUUUCAGAGAUUGAUAGGUCUUUAAAUUCUCUUUCUUGUUAACAUAGUGUUUGUGUUGACCAGUUUGAAAUACAUGAAAUAAAAGCAGCACUUGAGAAUUGUUAUGUAACAGAUUGAAACAGCAAAUAAAAUGACCAAUUUGAAACAUAA